AUGUCUGCUUCGAUUCAAGACUUUCAGAUCGCAGCUCUUGCUGCGGGGUUUACAAUUGGCUUUGGGAUCUUGACGGUAUGGGAGGCCAUCAAGCAGACUCGGCGGAAUCGAAAUCCUUUGAAGUCCGUGUAUAUUUACAUGAUCUGGGGUGAGGUGGCAGCGAAUCUAGGCAUUGCGAUCAUUGCCUGGCUGUUUUUGAACGACAAGUUGGGUCCUAGACUGAAGUGGGGAACUGUGGCUGUCAUCACGAUCAUCAAUAUCGCAGUCUUUAUCAUUUGGCUCCCGGCGCAUACUGUUCCGCCAGUCUCGGAGACGUUUGUCAAGAUCAACGACGUUUGGGACAAGGUCUCAAAAGUGCUCAUUCUCAUUGUCGAUGCUGGGCUGAACUGGUAUUUCCUCCAGACGGUCAAACAGAGGCUCGUGGAGGGGAAUGGCUUGACAAAGUAUCAGCCGCUUGUCAGCUUCAAUGCAAAGCUCAUGGUUCUCUCCAUUGCUAUGGAUGCAAUCCUGGUUGGCUUCAUGUUCCUCAAGAAUCAAGUCGUAUACAUCCAAAUCCACCCAGUCGUCUAUAUCGUCAAACUCAACAUCGAAAUGUCCAUGGCCUCGCUCAUAGUUCGUCUCGCGCAAGGAAAACCCCAGAAUGACAUGUAUCCCGAGGAGAAACUCCAAAGCUCAUCGAAUAAGGCUCCGCGCUCGCAGUCGCAUCUACACUCUGGAAAACACGGACCACAACAUGCACAGGUCCAAUCGUUUCAGAUACCGAAACGAGGAUUGAGGGAUGCACUGGACGAUGAUGAUAGUGUGGGCAGUAUCAGUAUGCGUGGCAUCCACUGUCAGACUGAUUACAAUGUAACGGUCGAGCAGACACAGUCUCUCGAGGAUGUAACCGACAUAAAGCUUUUCAGACAAACUGCGACCUGGCGCAGGCUCAGGCCAGGAAUACUCUUCAUGCGCGGUCAGUUUGACCUGGCUCCACAGACUGUUACAUGUACUUACUUUCGCGCGAAGCCUUUACCAACCGAAACGGGUGCGAUGGAUAACAUUUCGCCAGCAGCUAUGUCUUUUGAGGCCAAGAUUGCGCUUGCGCUACAGGGCUCUAAUUGGCAGGCCCUUCAGCAUCAGACUAGCAGCACUGAAACCAAUAAUGCUUCUACAAUACCACAAGCAGAGGCCCUGGCGGAGGAAAGUGUUGCUGCGGAGCCAAUAGCUGGGGUGGCUGGUAUUCCUAGUAUCCUACCCGACAUGACGGCGAAGCAAAAGAAAAAGAAGGAGCGCUUUGAUCAAAAGAUCGCAAGAGAUACGGGUGAUGUACUUCAGCUCAUUGAAGCAGACACCAUAGCGCCUGUGGCUGAGGGUGUCACAUGGGACCAAGAUCCAGAGCUGGUCUGCUCAUACAACUGGCAAGACUCGACAGAUCAAAACACCAUAUUUGUUCCAGGCGCCCCAGGCAAAUGGGCACCACGCACGAUACCCCAUACCCUCGAUCCGGACACCGGGUUUCAGUACUCCGAUUACAAUUACGUACGCCAGCCUCGAACACCUUAUGGGCCAAUGUUCGCCGCCAUGUCUACCAUGAACCCCAACUAUAAUUUUAUGUCCACGGACGUUAUCUGCGAUCGCAACAAUCUGCGUGUUCUGCUAGAAUUCGUCCAAGGCAAAGCGAAUGGUCCGUUUAGACUUGACCUUUACACCAUUUUCGACACGCUUGUCAUCGUGCGGAACGAAUCGAGGUGGUGGAGACAUCACAACGCAGAGGGUUAUGGGAGUAAUUUCGAAAAGUUUUUCACCACACCCGCAGAGGGCAUGGAAGAUGCCACGAGUCACUACCGUGCUAUCCGUUACCCACUGGGCCCGUUGAACGUAGUGUGCAGAUUUGAGGCAGAUGCGUACGACGACGGUGCUGCUUCUGACUUCCUGACCGAGUCGGAGAGGGAGGCGGUGGUCAGUGGAGGUGUCGCACAGCGGCCAACCUUCAGGUACAAUUUGCCCAUUCGCGUCUUGCAGAAGGGGCAUAUCGUACCUACAGCGCAGAUGGUUGAGCUCAAGACGCAGCGAGCUCGGGACGAGUUCACGCCUGUGACCUGUCAAGACCAGCUUUGGUUUGGCCGCACCUCACUACUGUAUACAGGUUCAUAUGUACCGGACACUGGCGUCGUCAACAGGAUCCGAAACGAAGACGCAACGAAACGAAUCAAGGCGUGGGAGAAUAAUAACCAGGAGAGUCUUCGCAAAUUGGCAGCCUUACUUCAAAUGUUGACGGCUGCCAUGAAGAGACACAAACGCCCGAAUCGUGCAGUCGUGUUGGUUAGGGAAGGCAAGGCUGGCCCAUUGACGCUGAGAAGCAUGGAGUCGACGAAUCAGGCGAUAGGAAGGGAUGCAUUUCAGAGUUCGGCCAGCGAGGUGGAGGAGGGUAUACACCUGGUGGGCGAGGACAACAUACGCCUGGACAAGGCUACCGAGGUCAGCAUGGACAUGCACAACGUGGGCAAUAUCAUUUGA